UUAAAAAAACUUGUCACUUAAGUCUAUUUCAAGACAAUCCUCACAGGAUGUACAUAUGCGUCAACAAGAGACUGAUCAAUUACAACACCAAGUGAAUUUAAACUUCAGCCCACUGCACAAACAGGUGACUAUUUGGACUCAGUAGCUAAAUGGAUAACGUGAUGGUAUUUGAGGCGAAUGGUACUGGGUUCGAGUUCCAGAUUGAACAUUAACAAAUCUGUGAUGUAGGUAUAUUCGGCUGAUGAGUCUUAGGUAGGACGAAACAUGCGUCAAACUGGACUCCAUUGCUAUUUCACCACUAUCCAUCUUUCCAUAAUUUACCUAAUAUUUUAUAAAUUACAUUUAAAACAUAAUUCAUACUUCCUUCUUUUUCUAUUCAUCCAUUAAGGUAACCUAAUCUUUAUCUAAACUUAUACAUACACCAUAGUAACAAUAAUGACUUAUGAUAAAACCCGCUUAAAAUUCAAUUCAAAUAUAUCAUAUUAUAAUCAUAAUAAACAAUUUGAUUUACCAUCAUUACUGGCUACUGGAAAAUUUUAUAUUGAUGAAUAUGGUUUUCUUGUUACAUCCAAUGGUACACGUUAUCGUAUCCCAUCUGGUCCACCGGAAGGUCGUAAACCAUUACAAUUUAAUCAAUUACCAAUCAUUAAUACUAAGAAUAAUAAGAAUAAAUCAAUAAUUCAUUUCAAUUAUCCAAUCAAUAUAAUCAAUAAAUCCCAUGAAACUAUUCAUAUUGAAUUACAAGAUACUCAUAAAUUAAUCAAUAAUUCUGAUCAUGAUUAUGAUGAACAUCAUUAUAAUAGUAUUAUGCAAUCCUCCUCCUCAUCAUCAUCAUUAUUAUCAUUACCUUAUAUGAAAUCCAAUCUAUCAAUGAAACCAUUGAGUAACGGUUCAUCUGUGAACUUCAUUCAUUCAAAUCAACAUCAUGGUUAUCAUCACCCUAGUGAUACAUUACAUACCAUAGAUUGGAAUGUGAUCUUAUUCACAUUGAUUAUUAGUUCUAUAUCAUUAGUAUGUAAUAUUAUUUUAGUUGUUUUCUUAUCCUAUCGAUUACAUCAUCAUCAUCAUCAUCAUCAUCCUCGGCAUCAUCCUCAUGCUCGUCAUCAUCAGAAAUGGUUACACCAUCAUCAGAAGUAUUUCAAUAGUUCAUGUAAUCAUAGUAAUCAUGAAAAUAAACAAUUGACUACUACCAAUACUACUAAUAAUACUACUACUAAUUAUGAAUAUAAAAAUAUAUUAUGUAAUCAUCUUUUUAAAAAUCAAUCAAUCCCAUGUCAGUGUAUUACUGAUUUAAACCCACUGACUAAUUGUCCAUGUGUAUAUAAACAAUUGAAAGGUAAUAAUCACACUAAGAAUACUACUACUCAUAAAGAUAAUAAUUUAAGUAAUAUAAUGAAUUCUAAUAUGAAAAACUUAUCAUAUCCAUGUUGUAAUAUAAAUUCUAAUUGUGAUUUACAUUCAUCUCUAUUACAUAAUCAUAAAAAAAGUAAAAAAAUCAAAUCAUCUAUUAUAAAACAAUCGAAUCAAUAUAAUGAACAUGAUCAUUUAUAUUCAUGUAAUAAAUCAUUACCAUCUAAUCAUCAUUGGUUACUAUGCUCUACAAAUCAACAAUCCGAUAUUGAUUCAUUUAAUAAUAAUAAUAAUAAUAAUAAUAAUAAUGAUUGGAAAAUAAUUCCUAAUCAUGAUAUGAUUAGUGAUUGUAGUAAUGAAGAUGACCAUGACAACAAAAACACCAACAGUAACAAACAGCACCGCCACCAUAGCAACAGUAACAACAAGAAUAACAACUAUUUAUCUCAUUCAAAUAUUUUAUAUACACCAUCAAGGUAUUCGAAACAACAACACAAAUGUAUACAUCUGCAAACAAAUACAAAUCAAAGACAUCAUAUAUCACAACAACCAUUAUCUAUAAUUCAUUCAUAUAAUACUUUAUUAAAUCAAUCCCCUAGAUUAAGUGAUUGUGUUAAUGAUCCAACUAUUCAAGAAGACGAAGAUGAAAAACAACAAGGAAUAGAACAAGAAGAAGAUCACGAAGAAGAAGAUGAUGAUGAAGAAGAACAAGAACGAGAAGAAGAAGAACAACAACAACAACGAGAAGAAGACGAACACUUGAUAACUAAUCCAAAAUGUAUCAUAUUGAAAAAUUCCAUGAUUAUUUAUCAUCAAUAUAUUUAUAUAUGUUAUACUAUAGCAAUACAUUUAGGUAUCCUUGGUAUUAUAUUAUCAUUAUUACAAUUAUUAGUUAUAUGUAUUGCAUUAAUACAAAAAACUACCUUAGAUACUACCUAUGAUAUAACAUAUAAUCAUGAAUUUAUAUGUCUAUUAUCGAAUUCAUUAGCCACCGAUACACUAUUAUGUGUUCGUUUAUACCUAGUAACUAUAUUUAUAUUAUGUUCAUUUAUUAUAUUCUAUAUACAAAUCAUCAUGAAAAUGGUCAUCACCAUUAUAGAUUUUACAAGUUUUCAAUUACCUAAAUAUUCUUUCUAUAAACGAUUUCUAUUUACUAUCAUACAUAAUACUACUAAUAAGCAUACUACUUAUAAUCAUGAUAGUAAUCAUAUUUAUUUUCAACAAAAUUUUGCAUAUAUUGCUUUAAUUCAUUCAAUUCCAUGGGCAUUAGCUGCUGGUACAUCAUUAUUGAUUGCUUUUUUCUUUCAAAUACCUAUACAUUCAAAUUCAUUGAUAAUCAAUAAAUCAAUAUCUAAUCAUAGUCAAUUGACAUCGAUAGAAUCAAUCAAAUCAAAUCAUAUAAAUCUAUUAUUUAAUGGAUUACAUUCAUUAUUGACAUGUUCUAUGAAGAGAACAACAUCAUUAUCGGCAUCAUUGUCGUCGAUAUCAUCAUCGUUGACGACAUCAACUUCUAUGAAUCCUGAUGUCAUCCUAACUACUACUACUUCUACAUGGAUAUCAUCAAUUCUUUUGAUUAUUAUUCCACUAUUAUUACAAAUGAUGAUGAUUAUAUUAUUUAUUAUAUUAUUAUAUAUGAUUCUAUAUUAUAUUAAUCAUAGAAAUUGUAUUAUAUAUCAAUUAAAAUUACCUAAUCAAUCAAUAGUAUUGAUUAUAUUGAUUUUAUUGAUCGAAUUGAUUAGUUUAUGUAUACCAAUUGUAUAUCAUUUUAUUAUGACGUAUUAUUCAAUUAAUGAUAAACAAUUAUUAUUUAUUACACGUAUUAUUAUAUUACAUUUUUGUAUUGAUCCAAUUUUAUUGAUUUAUAUAAUACAAAAAUGCCUUAGUAACAAACAUAUUUUAAUGCUUAGUAACAAAUUUAAUAGAAUCCAUAUGAAAUCAAUUAAAAAUAAAAAAAAUAAUCAAUUAAUUGAUUAUCAUUCAUUAGAAUGUAUUAAUAAUAAUAAUAAUAAUAAUAAUAAUAAUAAUAAUAAUGAAAUGAAACCAUUAACAUCACCUAUACAUUUAUUUAAUUGUUUACCAAUGCAUCAUUCAAAUACUAUUACUACUACUACUUAUACUACUACUAAUACUACUUAUAAUAGUAAUAAUAAUAUUCAAUCUGUUGUUAUGCCAUAUUUAACUGAUUCAGGAUAUUUUGUAUCAACAAUCAAUAAUAGUAAUAAUGAUAAUAAUAAUCAUUCACUGAUUACAUCAUCAAUCAUCAAUAAUGAUAAAAUCAAUAUGAAUAAUUAUAUAUUACCCAUAACAACGGAUACAAUUGAAGUAACUAUGCCUAAUAUAUAUCCGAAUAAUAAUAAUAAUAAUAGUAGUAGUAUUAUUAGUAGUAGUAAUAAUAUACAUCUAAAAGAUUCAUCAUUAUUAACUCCAGUUACAGAAAUGAUUAAUCAUAAUACAUUAAUCUAUAAAAAUAUGUAUGAUGCUUAUCCACAAUUAUGUCAACAUCAUCAACGUUUAUUAGCUGAACAAUAUAAACAACCAAACAUGGAUACAAUAAAACGUAAUCGUCAUUUUACUAAUGUACCACGUAUGAAUCAAACGAUAACAACAACCAAUUUUAAUGUAUUAUCUUUCAAUAAAUCAAUCAAUGAAUGUUCCAAUAAUAAUAAUAAUAAUACAAUACCUCAUAUAAUGAAUGAAAUGGUAUGUACACAACAGCAUAGUACAGCAACAGCAGCUGUGAUGGCAGCUGCAGCAGCUGCAGUAGCAGCACAAGCAAGUACAUUAACUAAACCAAUACAUUCAUUAUUAGAUUCAAUACAAAUAACACCUAAUCCAUUAUUAUUUAUAAAUGAACAAAAAACAAUAGAACAAUCUAUAUCAAAUGAUAAUCAAGAUUGA